AACCACUGUUCUCUUUCUCUCCCCAAAAAUUAUACGGUGGGUUUGAACUUUGAACUGUGAAGGGCGAAAUCAUGCACAGUGCCUUGCAGUUACAGGUUCUCCAAUUCACUUCUUCCUUCAAUUUUCACUUUGCAUUUCGCUAUUUUGCUCAAUUCAUGACCAUAAGUUUUUCCAAUUGCUUCAAUUUUAUACCAAAUCUCUUACCCAUUUUUAGGGUUUUUGAGAAUCUCAAUGGACACUACCGCUGCACGUGAUUGAGCAGAAGAAUUAGCCUCCUGCUCCAACUUGCAUUGCCGUUUGAAAUCUUCAAUCUUCCUUUUUCCUUUUUAUUUUUUACUUUCAUGUAAUGGGUAGUGUUGAAAUCCCCAAUUGGCUGAAAGGGUUGCCCCUGGCUCCGGAAUUUCGCCCUACAGACACUGAAUUUGCUGACCCAAUUGCUUAUAUUUCGAAGAUUGAGAAGGAAGCUGCCAACUUUGGGAUUUGUAAGAUUAUACCACCGUUGCCCAAACCUUCAAAAAAAUAUGUUUUUUCCAAUCUGAAUAGGUCACUCUUGAAGUGCCCUGAUUUGGGUCCAGAUAAUAGUUCAUUAGGUGUUUGUAAUUCAUUGAAAACCGGUUAUGGGGAUGGUAGUAGUGACGGGGUGUCGCGAGCCGUGUUUACUACAAGGCAUCAAGAACUGGGGCGGAGUCAGAAUGUGAAAAAAGCCAAAGGGACAGUUCAGAAUCCACUGUCAGGUGUUCAUAAGCAAGUAUGGCAAAGUGGGGAGGUUUAUACUCUGGAACAGUUUGAGUCUAAAUCGAAGUCUUUUGCGAAAAGUGUGCUAGGUUCAGUGAAGGAUGUUUCUCCUCUGGUUAUAGAGUCUCUGUUUUGGAAGGCAACUUUAGAGAAGCCUAUAUAUGUGGAGUAUGCCAAUGACGUUCCUGGGUCUGCUUUUGAAGAGUCCAAGGGCCAAUUUCAUUAUAGUCAUAGAAGGCAAAGGAAAAAGACUUAUUAUAAGAGUAGGUUAGAUAGCUCUGAUUGUAAACAAACUGAAAUGGGUUGCGUAAGAGAUACCCAAACUGAUGAGACUAAGGUUGCUUCUGUCCAAAGUCAUGCAGGCACUUGUUUACAGAUGAACAAAUCAGCUACUAUUGUGUCAACAUUUUCAUCAAAUGAUGAUUCACAAUCUUCUAAGGAAAAGAGUUCAGAUGCCAGCAAUGAAGUGCAAGGCACUGCUGGUUGGAAGCUUUCAAACAGUCCUUGGAACUUGCAAGUUAUUGCACGCUCAUCUGGCUCACUGACACGUUUUAUGCCGGAUGAUAUUCCUGGCGUCACGUCACCUAUGGUAUACAUUGGUAUGCUUUUCAGUUGGUUUGCUUGGCAUGUAGAGGAUCACGAGCUUCACAGCAUGAAUUUUCUUCACACUGGCUCAUCAAAGACCUGGUAUGCUGUUCCUGGUGAUUAUGCCUUUGCUUUUGAGGAAGUCAUUCGCACUGAGGGUUAUAGUGGUAACAUUGAUCACUUAGCUGCUUUGAAACUUUUAGGUGAGAAAACAACUCUUUUAUCACCUGAGGUAAUUGUUGCAUCUGGGAUUCCUUGUUUCAGGUUAACUCAGCACCCUGGUGAAUUUGUUGUAACUUUUCCAAGAGCUUAUCAUGUAGGAUUCAGCCAUGGUUUUAACUGUGGGGAAGCUGCUAACUUUGGAACCCCACAAUGGCUUAGAGUAGCUAAGGAAGCUGCAGUGCGCAGAGCUGCAAUGAACUAUCUUCCCAUGCUUUCCCAUCAGCAACUGCUUUACUUACUGAGCAUGUCUUUUAUUUCAAGAGUGCCAAGAACACUAUUACCUGGCGUGCAUAGUUCUCGUCUAAGAGACCGUCAGAAAGAAGAGAGGGAGUUUUUAGUAAAACAGGCUUUUAUAGAAGACAUGCUGCAGGAAAACAAGCUGCUAUCCAUUCUUCUUGGAAAGGAAGCAACUAAAAAAGCUGUUUUAUGGAAUGCUGAUUUGCUGCCUGAUUCCAGCAAAGAUUUUCAGUUGCCUGAUUUAACUUCUACUACUGGAACCUCUAUGGCAGAUAUGUCAAAUAUUAUUUCUGCAGAAAAGAGUAGUCAUUAUCUUCUUGAUGAAAUGAGUUUGUAUAUGGAGAAUUUGACCAAUUUAGAUCUUGGUGGUGAUGAUCUUCCAUGUCACUUCCAAACUGAUUCAGGAGCAUUGGCUUGUGUUGGUUGUGGAAUCCUUGGUUUUCCAUUUAUGACUGUGAUACAACCAACCAAGAAAUUGAUAAUGGAACUUCUUCCUGAUAAUCAUCAUCUAGUUCAAGUUUCCUCUCUGGACUCUACUGCUUGCGUUAAUAGUUCCAUCUCAAGGGAUCUUUCUGUUUCUGAACUCUCAUCAGUAAAGGAGUUGCCAGAUCAAUCAUUAAACAAGUGCAAUAAAUGUUGGAACACCUCCAGUAAGUUUUUGAGGCCUCGGAUUUUCUGCCUGGAGCAUGCUGUUCAAAUAUCUGAGAUGUUGCAGAGCAAAGGUGGAGCCAAUGUGCUUAUAAUAUGCCAUUCAGACUAUCAGAAAAUAAAGGCACAUGCCAGGGCAGUUGCAGAAGAGAUACAUAGUGCUUUUGAUUAUAAUGAGGUUCCAUUAGAUACUGCAUCCCCAGAAAAUUUGACUCUUAUAGAUCUGGCAAUUGAUGGUGAAGAACAUGAUGAAUGUGAAGACUGGACAUCUAAACUAGGCAUUAACCUACGAAAUUGUGUCCAUGCAAGAAAUAACUCUCCAUCUAAACAAGUUCCUUGGAUACUAGGGACACUGUUAUAUGAUCAAUGUCUUGCUUCAAAAUCUUUAGCUUUAAAUUGGCAGUCACGGAGAUCUCGAUCAAAAAGGUCAAGUUGUUUAGCUCAGACUAAACCAUGUGACAACAUUGAGAGAAAGGAGGAUCAGUUGUAUGGAAGAAUAGAUGAUUUCCCUGCUGAAAAGAAGCUACUUCAAUAUUCAAGAAGGAAGUUCAAGUCAAAGCAAAGGUGCUUCCCUGUUGCAAGCAUGGUCUGUGAAUUCCAAGAGAAGUCCAAAAAUUUGUCAGCUACUUUGAGUGGGGAUCAUAAUAAUUGUGUUUCUAAAACUGAGCUUGAAACUGAGAAUUUCAGGAUUGAUUGUUCAUUGUUGUGUGUCUCUGCUUCUGCUGAAAUGUCUCCAAUGCAUCCUGAAAUCCAGAUUGCUGAAGUGCCUGCUAGCACGAGAUUAAAUGAUGCUAAGUCACAACCUUCCAAUUCCAUUCCUGAUCGUACUUUAAUGAUUGAAGAAGUUGGAGCAGAGAUUGAGAAGCAAAACAUGCAGGAAUCAGAUGUAGACAGAAAUAAUGAUUUAACACUCCGUCAUUCUAAGAUGCAUUGCAAUUCCAGUGUCUCAGAAAUAUGUGGCAAGGAGGGCCAAGAUUGUCUGGACAAAAAAUGUUCUAGCUCACUUACAAACACAACAGAUAGACAUAUUGAAAUGAUUAGAAAUUCUGAAAUUACAGAAGCAGUUAUCAUUGAUAGCAAGUGUGAUAGCUUAACUUUGAAUGGUGAAGGGCAUCAAGAAUAUCAGUCUACCUGCAAAAGCAACAAUGUGGAAGCGGCUUUAUCACCUGCUUCAUUGGUAAAUCAUUCUACACUGGCAUCUGUGGUUGGAAGUUUCGAAAGUCCAAAUAAUAAUUAUACUGCAGAAAAAAUUAGCAGUCUUAUUUUCCUAGAAAAGGCAACUGAGGAAGAAAUUGAUUCUUUAAGUGAAAGGGACAAGGAACCUCUAAUUGAUGACAGACAAAUUAGUGAACAUACUCCAAAAGAAGUUUGUGAAGUUCGAAGAGAGCUUUAUGCUUCUGCAGACUUGCAUAGUACCGUAGUCUUGGAUAGUGAGAUGCAACAUGAAACUCAGGGUGGAAAAGAUAGCAGAAAGGAAAUAAAUCAGUCCACUCAUGUUUCAGCAAUUACAAGAGGGGAAUAUGCUGAAGGGUUGAAUGAUGAAGUGAUUCCAAAGUCUGUGGAGCAGUGUCAGUUUGAAAAUAUGAAUAAAAUUACCAUGGAACCUGUUUCUAGCUAUGUUGCAAAAGGUGAAAAUAAAUGUGUAACUUCAUCAGAAUUAGGAGGUUCUGAAGUAUUAGUGGAAACUUAUCCUAAAGAAGACUCUUGUAUUCAAUUGAUUUCAGAUAAAGAAAAAGAAACGGAAAUCCAGUCAGUGAGUAGAAUUGAUGAGGAAUUUUGCUCUGGCACUGAUACAUCAAUAGAUGACUCUUCAUCAAUCCAGGAAUGUUCUAAAAUUGAGCAAGAGAGCUGUGUUACAGAAAACAUAAAUGGAAUCAAAACCAAUUUGUCACAAGAUAAUAGGGAGCUGGAAAGCUGCGAGUUCAGUACAGCAGUUCCCAGAUCAAAUGCUGGGAAGAAUAGAAAGAGAAAAGUGAAACAUACAACGAAGAACAAAUCCAAUUGUGACAACUUUAUUAGAAGUCCGUGUGAGGGGCUGAGGCCAAGAGCUGGGAAGAUUGCGGCUGACAAAAGUGGGGUGGAAAUCAACCAAGUUGACAAGGAAAAUCAGGUGGCUAAAAGGGCAAGGAGAUCUUCUGAAGCUUUGGUUCCUCGCAAAAAUAAAAAGGAUGAUGUUAAAAAGCCCCAUAAGUGUGACCUUGAUGGUUGCCGAAUGAGUUUCAAGACUAAAGCUGAGUUACAAUUGCAUAAACGAAACCUUUGCCCACAUGAGGGGUGUGGUAAGAAGUUCAGCUCCCACAAAUAUGCUUUACUUCACCAGCGUGUUCAUAAUGAUGAUAGGCCCCUUAAGUGCCCAUGGAAAGGUUGUUCCAUGUCAUUCAAGUGGGCUUGGGCAAGGACAGAGCAUAUGCGCGUACAUACUGGGGAGAAGCCUUAUCACUGCAAGGUCGAGGGAUGUGGCCUUUCUUUCAGGUUUGUAUCAGAUUUUAGCAGGCACAGACGGAAAACAGGGCACCAUGUGAAACCUCCUGCUUGAGAUGAUAUAAUAUUCAUUUAACUUUUUAUUCUUGCAACAUGUGCAUAUUUGCAGUUAGAUUGGUAAAAGUGAGGCAUAGAGUCAUGUCUGACCAUAAGCAUUCUGGUUAGUUGUAAAGUUAGGAUAGAGUGGUUGUUUUGUAGGUUCUCAAUAUCCAAUUCAUUCGAAGGCAGUUAGAGUUGGUAACUUCAGAGAGUUUUGAUCUUUUUCUCUUACUAGAAUUCAGAUCUAGCAACAGCCUCUAAAGUGGGGAAAACUCUCCUUAAGGAAGCUGCAUCAUGUUGGUUGGUCAUGCCUAUGAUAGCUUUUGUUGAUUGCCUGUACUUAUGGUUCUUUUGAAGCAGUUGAUAGGACCUUGAUCUUUCAGGAUAUAUAAUUGUUCAUUAUGGCUGUAUAUCACUUUGGAUUAACAUUUUUUGUUGUUAAGGGGGACAAGGAAGUUGAGAGUAAAAACAAGGUAUGUGCUCUCAAUAAUUCUAUGUACUUUACCCUCUUGACUAGUAAAUUCAGUGGUUAAACAUUCGGUUGACUCUGCAUAUUUUAACUGGUUGUCUACCCUUUUCCGGUGUUUUUUUUUCAA